AUUUCUCUGUGAAAGAGAGAGAGAGAGAGGGAGAUUAAAGGAAUUCUUACAGCUUCACAUCAAGCACAUGGGAGGCAGCUCUGCGCGUCGCGAGGAAUCCGAACAUGCGAGCUGAACACUGAAAGAAACAGCAGGGACGAUGCUAACCGUACCAUUUAAAGACCCAGACAUGAUGCGCGACUCUCAGUUUGGUGCCACCUUCACUCGUCAAGAGACACUCAGCAGCGCCGAGCUCAAGGAGACAGAGGACGACAACACUGACAGAGAAGAGGAGGAGAGAGAGGAGGACGAGGACGGUGUCCCUAAGAAGAAAGGUCCGCGUAAAAAGAAAUUCUCCGACGGUCGCACCGACCGUGUCAAACUGCGUCGGCAAGAAGCGAACACGCGCGAGCGCAGCCGCAUGCACGGCCUCAACGACGCGCUGGAGAGCCUGCGCAAAGUCGUGCCGUGCUACUCCAAGACGCAAAAACUCUCCAAGAUCGAGACGCUGAGGCUGGCCAAGAAUUACAUAUGGGCUCUAUCUGAGACUCUGAGCGCGGGAAAGAGACCCGACCUGCUGGCGUUCGUGCAGACCCUGUGUAAGGGCUUGUCACAGCCUACUACUAACUUGGUUGCCGGUUGCCUGCAGCUGAACGCCAGAAAUUUCCUCACGGAUCACAACGGGGACGUGUCGUUCUCUGGCAGGCCUCAUCAGUACGAUUCUCUGUACGGGUAUCCUAACGCGGAGAUGGCCACGCCCACCGGCCUCAGCUCUGGGCCCCGCGACGGCGUCAAGCCGUUCCGCCCGUACAACUAUUACGCGUCCUAUGAGUCCUACUACGACAGCGCCUCUCCAGAGAACAGCAGCCCUCAUUUUGACGGCCAAAUGAGUCCCCCGAUUAAUUACAACGGGAUUUUCUCGCUUAAAAAGCACGAGGACCAAGUCGAGUACAGUAAGAACUGCCAUUAUGGGAUGAGAUACUGUAACGUUCCCGGUCGGGGCUCCAUGUACCGCGUUUCCCCAGACAGCCAUUUUCCGUACGACUUACAUCCCCGCAGCCAAUCGUUCCAGAGCCAGGACGAAUUAAAUACGGGUUUCCAUAAUUAAAAGCGAGCAUGGGGGUUGGAUGCCAGCUACACUAAUCUGUUAAUUAAUUGGUGCUUGUUGCUGAUUGUUUUCGUUUGAUUUCGACACACGAUAUUGAAAAAAAACUCCAUUCGAUUUAUUUCAGACAUCAUAGAC